AUGGCGUUCCACAAUCUGUACCCCGAGCUGCUGCUGGCUCUGGUUGGCAACACUGGGGAGGCAUUUGUGCAGCGGGAGCAGGGCGCAAUCGUUCUUGCAGACGUGGUGGACUGGGUCACGCCGCCCGAGAGGGAGCAGCUCAACCGCCUGGCACGGCUAGGAGCUCACUAUGCAGCGCUGGAGGAGUUUGUGUGCAGCGCGACGGCGGCCGGCGCGGGGGACGACGGCACGCAGCCGCCCGCCAGCAUGUACCGCCUGGCGCUGGCCAGCGGCGUGUCGGAGCUGCUGGACGUGUACCGCUCAGCUGUACUGCAGGUGGAGGCGCACCUGCUGCACCUGGGCGCCGCGCCGCCGCUGCUCAGCGUGCAGCAGUUCCUGCUGGAAUUCGAGGCCCUGCUGCCAGAGGUGGCCGCCCUGGUGGGCGAGGUGCGGCGCCGCGGGCUGGGCGGCAGCCAGGCCAUGCGCGCGCUCAGCCUGCGCGCGGGCAGCGGCGCGCCCGCGCUGCAGUCGUGCGCCGCGCGCCUGCUGUGGCACUGCCGCCAGGUGCUCUUCAACCAGCUCGAGUCGUGGCUGGUCCACGGCCUGCUGCUGGACCGCGGCAACGAGUUCUUCAUCCGCCGCUGCGACACAGCAGCGCCGCCGGCAGCAGCGGGGGCGGCGGCGGGGCCGGCGGCGGGCCACGUCGCGUCGCCCGCUUCGGCGCUGCAUGGCGGCGGCGGCGGCGGCGGCGGCCCUCCUGGCGGCGGCUCCAUACUGGAUUGGGAGCCGCUGGAGUGGCAUGCGGGGUUCCAGGUGUCGCUGGCAGACCUGCCCCCCGACGUGUCGCUGCCCACGGCCGAGGCGGUACUGUUCGUCGGCAAGGCGGUACGGGUGCUCAAGCAGCCCAUGAGCUCCGCCGCCUCCCACCAGGCCCUGCACGCGCACGCCCAGAUCCUGGCCUUUGCCCACGACCUGCACCGCCUCCAGCGCCAGGAGGCGGCCAGCGCGGCGCAGCUGGAGCACUGCGUGGAGAGCUUGCGCAGCAAGGUGUCGGGCCUGCUGUGGGACCUGGUGCGGCACCGGUGCGACCUGAUGGCGCAGUUUGAGGCGAUGCGCUGCUACUUCCUGCUGGCCCGCGGCGACUUCUACCAGCAGUUCCUGGACGAGGCGCAGGCGCUGCUGGCGGGCGAGCCCAAGCCCAACACGGCAGAGGCCGACAUCGCCCUGGCCUUCCAGCAGUCGGCCCUGAAGAGCACCGCCGAGACGGACGCGCUGUUUGGGGCGGUGGCGCUGCGCUGGCUGCCCGCCGACCGCGGCGAGGACGAGGGCGGGCCGCCCGUGUGGCACCCGUCCCGCUGCGCCGCCGUCAGCGUGCCGCGGUACGAUGCCUGGGACGGCCUGUUCCUGGAGUGCGCCGUGGAGUGGCCCCUGCAGCUGCUCUUCCCGCCAGAGGUGAUGAGCAAGUACGGCGCGCUGUGGCAGCACAUGUUCCGGCUGCGGCGGGUGCAGCUGGCGCUGGAGGGCGUGUGGGCCACCCUGCAGGCCCUGCACCACCGCAAGCCCGAGGACGACGGCACGCCGCGGCUGCCCGCCAGCCUGCGCGCCGCGCUGUGUGCCGAGCGCCAGCAGCAGCACCACUUUGUCUCCAACAUGGCUCUCUACCUGGCCAUGGAUGUGGUGGGGGCCAGCUUUGGCCAGCUGCGGGCCGCCGUGGCCGGCGCCAAGGACUUUAGCGCCGCCGAUGCCGCGCACCGCCGGUAUGUGGACAGCAUGGUGUCGCAGGCCUUCCUGGACAUGCGGCAGCUGAUGGGAUACCUGGAGGACAUCCUGCGGCAGUGUCGGAAGCUGUGUGCCCUGGUGCAGCGCCUGGCUGCGGGGCUGGUGGAUGCAGUGGCAGCGGCGGCAGCCCUGCAGGGCAUCCGCCGCACCUUCCGCCUCAAGCAUCGCGUGCUGUACCAGAUCAUGCAAUCGGGGAAGUUGAGCAGCCGCACCCCGGCCCUGCGCCAGCUCAUCACCAGAUUGAACUUCAACGGCUUUGCAGAGAGGCAGGCGCGUCCGGUGCAGGAGCCUGGCAGUGCCGUGCUGCCCUCGGCCACAGCACCUGCUGCAAGCCCCUGUGGUGGCCAAGCAUGAAGCAUAUGCCUGUUCCGAUCACAACGGCGCGUUCAGCAAGGAAUUCAUCCACAGCUGCAUGUGGCAUGCUAUUCAGCUUGAUAAUAAUCUGACUGCACCCCAGGUCACCCUCCAAAUCCCGCCUCUUUCUCCAUUUC